AUGUCAAAUUAUCUCACAACUAAAGCAGACUCAAGUAAGCGAAGAAGCUGUACUAUCAACUCAUCGAAAUUAACAUUUCUGUUUCAGAUAUCAAAAUGGCGAUCUCAGAAAAAUACAUUUGGUUGGGCACGAGCAGAAGUUGUGGGAGCGCUCGUUAACUCAGUUUUCCUCAUAGCAUUAUGUUUCUCCAUCCUUGUUGAGGCCCUGAAGAGACUUGUAGAAAUAGAAAAAAUAGAAAACCCCAAGCUUCUCCUCAUUGUUGGUGGCGUUGGUCUUCUGAUUAAUUUCCUUGGAUUAGCAUUGUUUCACAAUCAUGGUCACAGUCAUGGAGGGGGUGGUGGUCACGGCCAUAGUCACGGACAUGGUCACAGUCAUGGAGGUAAUGCUGCUGCUGCAGAAACUCAAAAAGAAAGUGAUUCAUUGGUUGAAAGGAAAGCUGGAAGUGGAGAGGAAAAUGAAGAGCGAAAUUCUAGCAGUUCUGAAACUGAUUUAGAAGAAGUUACCAUCCAGUUUGAUGAAAAUAAAGUCUCAUCAAGUGCACAGCUGAAUAUGAGAGCAGUGUUCCUACAUGUUUUGGGUGAUGCCCUGGGCUCAGUCAUUGUUGUGAUCAGUGCUCUGGUCAUUUGGUUUGUGGACAAAGAUUGGGUGUACUAUGUAGACCCUGGAAUGAGUAUUGUCAUGGUGUGCAUAAUUCUUUCAACAACAAUUCCACUAUUAAAGGAAGCAGCUCUAAUUUUACUGCAAACAGUGCCAACACAUAUACAGGUUACAGAUAUUAAAGAAAAAAUGAUGAAGAUGGAUGGAAUAGAAGCUGUGCAUGAGUUCCACGUGUGGCAGUUAGCAGGAAAUAGAGUCAUAGCCUCAGCACAUAUUCGAUGUCACAAUCCACAUGAAUACAUGACAUUAGCAGGGAAAAUAAAAGAUCUCUUUCAUAACGAAGGCAUACAUUCCACUACCAUACAGCCGGAAUUCUCAGAGGACUGGGACAAUUUACAGUCGAGCUGUGUUUUAGCGUGUGGUCCAGAGAAAAAUUGUUAUCCAGCCACAUGUUGCCCACUACCAAAGAAAUCCUCACCUAAUAAAUCAGAAAAUGGUUCAGUUCCCACAAAACGUCAGCAGAACGGUAAACCAUCGUCGGGAAAUGAGAUAGUAUGAUUUUCAAAACAGUAUUAGGAGAACCAGCAUGGGAACAAAUUUGAGGAUCAUAAAUAUUGCAUGUUUCAUUCUGAACAAAAUGAGAUAUUUCUUCAAUAAUGGAAUGAAAUCUAUUUUUAUGCCCCCGAAGGGAGGCAUAUAGUUUUUGAACCGUCUGUCAGUCUGUCGGUCUGUCAGUCUGUCCGCAAUUUUCGUGUCCGGUCCAUAUCUUUGUCAUCGAUGGAUGGAUUUUCAAAUAACUUGGCAUGAAUGUGUACCACAGUAAGACGACGUGCAGUGCGCAAGACCCAGGUCCAUAGCUCAAAGGUCAAGGUCACACUUAGACGUUAAAGGAUAGUGCAUUGAUGGGCAUGUCCGGUCCAUAUCUUUGUCAUCGAUGGAUGGAUUUUCAAAUAGCUUGGCAUAAAUGUGUACCACAGUAAGACGAUGUGCAGUGCGCAAGACCCAGGUCCGUAGCUCAAAGGUCAAGGUCACACUUAGACGUUAAAGGAUAGUGCAUUGAUGGGCAUGUCCGGUACAUAUCUUUGUCAUCGAUGGAUGGAUUUUCAAAUAACUUGGCAUGAAUGUGUACCACAGUAAGACGAGGUGUCGCACGCAAGACCCAGGUCCGUAGCUCAAAGGUGAAGGUCACACUUAGACGUUAAAGAUCAUUUUUCAUGAUAGUGCAUUGAUGGGCAUGUCCGGUCCAUAUCUUUGUCAUUCAUGCAUGGAUUUUAAAAUAACUAUGCAUGAAUGUGUGGCACAGUAAGACAAUGUGUCGCGCGCAAGACCCAGCUCCGUAGGUCAAAGGUCCUAAACUCUAACAUCGGCCAUAACUAUUCAUUCAAAGUGCCAUCGGGGGCAUGUGUCAUCCUACGGAGACAGCUCUUGUAAAGAUUUUUUCUGUUCAUUGAUAUUUAUCUGUUAGAAUAUUGACUCGAUAAAGUGGUCAUUGUUGUUGUUUGGGGACAACAACUAGUGGAGAUUUUUUUUUAGAUGUUAUCUGUUUUCUGUAUCAGAAAACCACUCCACACUCCACACUCCACACAAACUUGUAGAUAAAAUCUGGCCUAAAAUUUUGGCCUAUCAAUAUGUCAGUUUUUGUUAUCCGUUUCACCUUCUGUACAUUGGUUUUUUUAAUGUAACUUUUAUUUCAUGAUUUGAUUGCCAAUAGGUUUCAGUUAUAUAAGAAAGAACUGGUGCUACAUUACUGGGUAGUGGAUCCUUGUUUGUACUCAGUAAUGUUUUGUUGUUUUGUUUUUUCUGUGAAAUUGUCUUGAGAUACUCAAUAAUGGACACAAAGCACAUUUGAAUUAAAGAAGUUUAUAUCAAGUUUUGUUGAUAUAAUUCUGUAGCAUCUACAUGGUUGUAACAUUUUACAAUGACAAGUUUGAACAUUUGGCGGACAUUUAACAUGGGUAAUUGUGACAACAUAAUAGUGUCAGUUGAAUUUAGAGAAGAAAUCCAUUAACUGUGAAUAGUAGGAUAUGUCUUCCAGGGUUGAGAUGAUACUCUUUCCAAAGAGUCUUAACAAUUUUUAGCUCAUCUGAUUUUUUGAAAAAAAAUGAUGAGUUAUUGUCAUCACUUGAGCGGUUGUCGGCGUCGGCGUCUGCGUCGGCGUUGCCUGGUUAAGUUUUAUGUUUAGGUCAGCUUUUCUCCUAAACUAUCAAAGCUAUUGCUUUGAAACUUGGAAGACUUGUUCACCAUCAUAAGCUGACCCUGUAUAGCAAGAAACAUAACUCCAUCUUGCUUUUUGCAAGAUUUAUGGCCCCUUUUGUACUUAGAAAAUAUCAGAUUUCUUGGUUAAGUUUUAUGUUUAGGUCAACUUUUCUCCUAAACUAUCAAAGCUAUUGCUUUGAAACUUGGAAUACUUGUUCACCAUCAUAAGCAGACCCUGUACAUCAAGAAACAUAACUCCAUCUUGCUUUUUGCAAGAAUUAUGGCCCCUUUUGGACUUAGAAAAUCAGUUUUCUUGGUUAAGUUUUAUGUUUAGGUCAGCUUUUAUCCUAAACUAUCAAAGCUAUUGCUUUGAAACUUGCAACACUUGUUCACCAUCAUAAACUGACCCUGUACAGCAAGAAACAUAACUCCAUCCUGCUUUUUGCAAGAUUUAUGGCCCCUUUUGGACUUAGAAAAUAUCAGAUUUCUUGGUUAAGUUUUAUGUUUAGGUCAACUAUUUCUCUUAAACUAUCAAAGCUAUUGCUUUGAAACUUGCAACACUUGUUCACCAUCAUAAGCUGACCCUGUACAGCAAGCAACAUAACUCCAUCCUGCUUUUUGCAAUAAUUAUUGCCCCUUUUGGACUUAGAAAAUCAUUUUCUUGUUUGAGUAUUAUGUUUAAGGCAACUUUUCUCAUAAACUAUCAAAGCUAUUGCUUUAAAACUUGCAACAGUUUUUCACAAUCAUAAGUGGACACUGUACAUCAAGAAACAUAACUCUAUCCUGCUUUUUGCAAGAAUGAUGGCCCUAUUUAGACUUAGAAAAUCAUGGGUAGGACAAUAUUUCUAUUAUACAAAAAAAAAAUCAGAUGAGCGUCAGCACCCGCAAGGCGGUGCUCUUGUUUAAUUUUUGAGAUAAAAACCCUUACAAGGUGUGUUAUGUAUGUUUUUUUGAAUGACAACAUAAUACAUGUAUAUGAAAACAUGGUGAAGCUGAUCUAGCACUGUGAUAGAGAACCCAAAAGGUUUCAGACCUCCUGAAUUGUCUGAUAAAAGUUCAUUCUGUAUGGAAAAAUGUUGGAAAUUUUGCUAUAAGCAAAUUAUUUCUACUGUGUGGUAGAAGUUGGCUUUUUUUUCUUGUACUCCACUUUGAUCUUGAAAAUGCUUUAUAUUAAUCUUUAGCCUGCUGGCAACAAGUUGUUUUGCCUUUGCGACCAGUGCAGACCAAGAUCAGCCUACACAUCCAUGCAGUCUGAUCAUGGUCUACACUGUUUGCUAUUCAAUCAGUAAAUUUUCUGUAAACACCCUUUCAAAUAAUAAAUGGUAUAGCCGAAAUUGUAUGAUGGAUGAGUCCAUUUUAGCAAUUUAGCAGGGUAACGGUUAAGGUAAACUUAAUUCAUCAGAAACUGAAAUGCAAUGGAUGUAUAUAGUUUUUUUUCAGGGAUACAUUUAUUUUGCACGAAGUCUUUACACUGAAUGUUCUUAUCUGGUCUGGUCUGUGUUAACACUUUUAGAAACUUGCUUAUUAAUAAUUUGCAAAAAAACUUACAUUCUAAAUGACUAAUGCCACUGGUAGGCUUAAUAGGCCAUGGUCUGCUUAUUAUUUUUAGUCCCCUACUAUGUUGCAGUGUAAAAAAAAGAUGUUGCAGUGAGGCCGGUCUGUCCAUCCUUCAGCCCAUCUCACAAAGUGGGAUCAUGGGAUAACUUAAAAAGCAUAAGAUAUUUGUUUUCAUGGAGAAAUUGCAAUGUGGAUAAUAUGCACAUGCUUUUAUUUUGUUGCAAAGGCAAAAAAUGCAGUUGCUAUGGCAACAGAAAGUAACAAAAUGAUGAGAAGUGGAUUCUGAAAAAAAUAAUGAAAAUUGAUGUUUAGGUAGAAGACAGUGUGGAAGACAUGCAUGAUUUUGCAUUUCAUUUCAUCCAUCUAAGUCACAACUAUUGGAUCUGUCAUAAUUUUGAAAAUGCAAAAGACUUUUCAUGAAAUCUGAGGCAUAGAUAGAAGGCAGUAUGUAGAAUAUACAGACCAAUUUAUUUUGUCUGUUUUUUCUGUCAGUCUAGCCAUCUGAUGGAUUCUGCCUUUAAAGAAGAGGAUUUUUUUUUUCUUGAAACCUUGCUUAUUUGGAGAAUAUGCAGGUCUUUCUAUUAAAUUUCAACAUAAAAAAAUGUAGUUUCUAUGCCAUAAAAUAGAACAAAUGUUAUUCUGGAAGGGAACUUUAUUGCUAGGAAGUGGUGUUGUUAGAAGUGGUGUUUUCAAACUUUUUUUUUUGGUCCUAGAUGUACUGGCUUGAAAAGGAGCAAGGUAUAUUUAAGGACCCUUUUUGGACCCUUAGCUAACAGGGCCUGCACAAGUAUCCUGUUCUACCUAUACUUCUGAAUGUUCAACACACAAAUUUUAAUAUCUUUGAUGAAAUUUUUGACAUGUGAUCAUGGUUUUUGUUAUUUCAGGUAAGCAUUGUUUAAUGUAAGCUUGUAACAUUGUAUACAGUAGUGUUUGUGUUCAAUGGCAUUUUCAUAUACUGUGAAAGCACAUAUUUCCUUUGGGUCAAAAUUUAGUGAAAAUUUGAAAUAUCGAGUAUGUUUGUAAAGUUUUUUAUUCACGAGAUUGUAAAAAAAAAUGUUAUCCUCCUUGUUUCCGCUAUUUAAUAUGUCGGAUGUCCAUAAAGGUUACACAUGGUAGAGCGUUACCUAUAGCCGGGUAUGUUUAACUAUUUAAUGUCUUCUAAUCAAUCAUAUUAGUACCAUAAAAUUGAUUGCUAUUAAUUGUAUGGAUAUGUUAACACCUUUUAUUACCAGUAAACUCUCCGUGUUUGUUCCAUUUCGUAUGUGGAGGAAGGCUUGUUUAAUGAGAUAUAAUGGUUAAUAUUAAGGCAAGGAUUAAUGUUAACGAGGUGAGAAACCUUGUGAAUAUAGCGAAGAUUAAAAACCCUUGCGGGGGCCUCCGUGGCCAAGUGGUUAAGGUCGCUGACUUCAGAUCACUUGCCCCUCAUCGAUGUGGGUUCUAGCCUCAAUCGGGGCAUUGAAUUCUUCAUGUGAGGAAGCCAUCCAGCUGGCUUACGGUGGUUCUACCCAGAUGCCCGCUCGUGAUGAAAUAAUGCACAGAGGGGCACCUGGGGUCUUCCUCCACCAUUAAAGCUGGAAAGUCGCCAUAUGACCUAUCAUGUGUCGGUGCGACGUUAAAUCCAACAAAAAAAAACAACAAAAAAGCGAAAAUUUCUGCUUUUACAGUAUAGAAUUUUUAGUGAAGAUCAGUGUUUUGUUUGACAUAUGUAGCACCUUGUUUGAGUACACUGCAGUCAUACAAUUUUAAAAUCAAAUCUUAAUCAUUUUAAACCUUGUUAGUGAAGUUUUUUUUAUGCAUAAAUUUUGGUGUAAUUGUUUAAAAACAUCAUUCAGUAAGCUUUAAGAUUCAGACAGAUCUCAGGAUUGCUACACAAACUUUUUAUACAGAAUAUUAUUUCUACCGUUUAUUUCCGCUUAUAAGACGCAUUAUUAGGAGUCAUAUUUUCUGUUGAGAGAGUGGGGAGCGUCUUAUAAGCGUGUACUACAAGGAAAUUAAAAGAAAAUGAAACCUCAGAUUGCAUGUCCGACUUCUUACAAGUGAGUGCGUCUUAUAGUCAAAAAUAUACGGUACUUAAGAAAAUAUAAGUAUAAAGCCAUCAUGAUCUAGUAUUAUUCUCGUUGUGUAAUAUCAUUACUCAGCCUGGUCAAUAUAAAAUUUUGCAUAAAUUUCUCAUAUGUUAAGUGUACACGAAAAGUGGAAAAAUUGGAUAACCUAUCUAUAUUUUAACAUGGACAUCUAAGGUAUUUAGCCAGUGAUUUGCCAUUUCUUUGUGUGUUCCUUUGUCAUGAACAUAUUAAUUGCUCAGGUAUGUGGUUAUCUUUUGCUUACCCUUAUCCCACUAAUGCAAUAUUUUAUUCAAGAGAAAUUUUUCAUGUUCAUUUUCUGUUUUAUGUGGGUUUUUUUUUUUAAAAAAUUAAGACAAAAGUUAUGUAGUUGUUAUUAGUAAGAUCAUCAGAGUCAAGUGUCUAAAUAAACUAUACUAUGAAAUCAUUCAGUGUAUUUUUGGCCUAAAAUUUCCUUGUUUUGACUUUUUCAGGGGGAUAGGAAUUUAAUAGAUUUUUGACUUUUUAAGAUAAACUGAAUGGGCAUUUUAUAUGUUGGGAUUUACUUUCACUGAUCUACACAACCACAAAAUUAAGCAAAGCUAGCCUUCCAUUAAUAGUAAUGAUUUCAAAGUAUAAUGUUUCGUUGUAUGUAAUAAUAGCCAGUCAUCCUAUAAUUAUCUGCAAACUGCAUUGUUAGAUUAUAUGUAAGUUUUUUUGAUAAACAUGUGUUUUAUAUUUACCUUAAAGAUCAUUUUUAAGUCCAACUAUGUUUAACUGAAAAGGAAAAGAAAAGGUAUUCUGCCAGAUUUCAGGUCCUGUUCUCAAAAGUUAUUAAGUUCUGGAACAGUUUCAGAACUCUUAUCAUCUUAUUGGUUGAUUCUGAACCCACUUUUGAAAUUAACCAGUGGCAUAUUUGCAUAUUUUAGACUGGUCUUCAAACUGAGUUUUACAACUUCAAGCUCGAGCCAAAAUCUCAGUAGAACCUAUGAUAUUUUAUUAAAGGUAUUCUUGUAAAAAGGAUUUCAUUUUAUUUUAGAUCUCUAAAUUUUACUGCAAAUGUUUACACAUUACAUUUAAACAAGUAAAAUCAUCGGCCUAGAUCUCAUAGUCUUUAAGUUUGUAGGGUUUUUCUUUACUACUGUAAUUCAUAAUAUAGUUGAGAAUACACUGUUUGAAGGACUGUAGGAGAAAAUUCGAAAAAUAUGAUCUGAAAAACUGUACAUGACAGUUUUAGAAUAUAGGAUGUUAUAUAACUGUUAUGUUGUAAAGGCUCUUGGGAAAAGUUUAUAAAUUAAAAUGGUAUGGUAGUCAUACUUGUAUUUUGUGCUAUGAUUUUCUAAAACUUAAGUAAAUGCACUUGGCAAAUCAUCAAUGGUGCAAUUCAUGGAUUUGUAAGAAGUAUACGCUGUGGUUUAUACCCAUUUAAUCCUUAAAUAAAAACCACUUCUAAACAAAGAUAACUCUUGCAGUAUUUAAAUUUAGGUUUCUGUUCUUUCGAAGUGCUUAGCACAGUUGCGAGUUGCGGCUGUGUGUGGCAUGACAAGAUAUUUCAUUUGGUAUUCAGAUAUCACAGGUUGGGAGAGAAGAACUUUCUUAUUUGUAUGCACUCAGACCUGUUUCUUUCUCACCCUAUUAAAUAUUACAGAUAUAGUUGAAUAUUGGUCUGGAAUUUGUGACAGCAGUUCUUUUAGUUGCAGAGAAGGUGGUUGCUUGUCUUAAUAAAUCUAUUGUAAAUAUGCAAGCUUGAAUACAACAACAGGUUUAUUUAAUCUAUUGUUAAUAUGCAGGAUUGAAUACAACAUAAGGUUUAUUUAAUGUGGCUUGAAUACAACACAAUGUUAAUUUAAUCUAUUGUAAAUAUGCAAGCUUGAAUACAACACAAGGUUUAUUUACUCUAUUGUAAAUAUGCAAGCUUGAAUACAGCACAGGGUUAACUUUUUGUUAAAGUUAGUUAUGUAUUGUUUUUAAACAAAAGUCCUUUUGUAAUACUGUUGAGAUGGGCAGGAAAAAAAACUCCCGUAUCAUAAAUAUGAUUUUAUCAGGUCAUGAAUGGUCGCAUUAUGGACCUUCUAUUGAGGAAUAACACAGCAUAAUGCGGAAAUUUUAUCUGCUAUAUUUUUAAAUAUUUACAAUUUACUUGUAUAUUUAUAUUGUAAAGUAUUUAUAUAGCUUUAAUACUGAAUUCCAGUUUCAAAAUGUGCUCCUGUUUUUUUAGAGAAACUAUUUUAGAAUAGUUCUUUUAAUUUAUGAUCUAUAAAUGUAAUAUAUUAUCUGUUCGCUUUCAAAGCCUAUUUCAAUUAGAGAAACCAUUAGUGAACAGCAUGGAUCCUGACCAGACUGCACGGAUGCGCAGGCUGGUCAGGAUCCAUGCUGGUCGCAAAUGCACUAUGUUGGUUUUCUCAUGGUGUGGCUCAUAUGUAGAUAGAUGUAUUGUAAUGUUCUGUAACUGUAUAGAUUUGAAGUUGUAUAAAGAAUGUUUGCUUGCCUUUUGUGAAUAUUGAAUAUAUCUCACUGAGAAGAGAGAAUUUCUGCAGUUGUAAAAAACAUGUAUUUGUAAGUGCAAAAUGUGAAAAUUGUUUCACUUCGAGAUGAGACAGCUCAUAUUCUUGAAAAAAAUAAUUUUUCUAUUAUUUCAUGGUGAUUAUGAAAAACAAGCUAAGAUAUAAACAAAAACUAUACCGUUGUUUUUAUCCAAGGGGAUAUCUAAAGUUCAGAGACUAGUUUUUCCUCUAUUUUAUUUCAUAAAGUGAAAACUAGAGUCUUAAAUACUAUACCAUUUGCAGUGUUAAGUGAUAUGGAUUAUAUUUCAUGAGAAAACACAGUAUUUCAUUAAUUUGCAUAUUAAAGAUAAACAGAAUUUAUUGUUGGUAUUAAGUUUAUAUAUAUGUAGAGAAACAGCAAAUUUAAAUAUACAACUUUCGAGGUUUUUUUUUUUUUUUGCAUUGUACUAGUUUUGUAGGCCUACUUCCAUUGUUCAACCAUAGACUGUGAUCGCUGUUUAGGAAUUUGGUAAUCAUCCUUUGUAUAACCAGUCAGCCAAUGAAAUCCGUGUUUACAAAUUACUCUUCCAUUACCAGCUUUUUGCACUAUGUAAGACCAUGGACGGCAAACACUGGUCUGGCCAUGCUUAGUGAUGGUGUCAGGUCCACGUUGAUCUACAAAAUCUUUACAGGAUAUUCUGUGUAGGAAAAGAAUUGGAACCACUGCCUUACCUUUGCAUGAUCGUAAGAGGGGACUAAUAGGGUUUUAACACUUGGGUUUUGCUGUAACUCAGUGAUUCCAGCAGGUAUACAAAUUUUGAUUCCAUACCUCAUGUUUUUAUUUCGAUGUAAAUGAGAUGUGAAAUCAAAAUUUGUAGUCCUGUUUGGCGCCAUAUAACCUAUACUGUCUUGGUGCUCCGUAAAACCCAAAUAAAUAAAUAAACUUUACAGGAUAUUCACUUUUCCUCUCUUUAAAAGCAUGUUACAGGCUUUAUUCUUUUGAAGACAUUGUCUUUUUGUACUUUGCAGAGAUUUAAAAAUGCAUGUACAUGUAUGCUAGUAUACUUAGUUUAUAACCAAGGUCAUGUUCACCAAUAAAAAGUUUUAACCAA